CCUAAUUACUCUCCCCAAAAGCAAAACAAACAAAAAAGUAAUAAAAUAAAAAUUGCAGGGUCUGAGCCGAGCCAAGGGGAGUCUCAGCACUGAAUCCUACAGGACAACAGGACUGCUGGUCGGCAAGCACUGUCUGUCCUAGUGGGGAAACAACAGAGGAUAAGGCUGCCACGGCCCCCUGCUCCCGGGGAAGCUUGCUCAGGCGGGGUGGGGGGAGACAGCACAGUCACAGAGAGAGAGGGAGACAUGAGGCACUCUGGGGAGUGAGAAUUGCUGAGAAGAAAGGGACAUAAAGUAACGGCGUUGGUGCAGUGGGCACAGGAGGGCUGCCGGCCAGGACCAUGGGAGGGCACACCUGGCAGAAGCUGGGCCUGGCUGGGCAGAGUGAGCAAGGGAAGAGGCAGGUGCAGGUCCAGGGGCCAUGGGGUCAGGGCUCACACGGCUCUGCGGGGAAAGGACACACACCCGCAGGGCGUGGGGCCCCACGGAGCGGGGCUGGGACCUGUGCCUUGUGCUCCCAUGAGGGUGUGCCCUGGGGGUGGCUUGAGGUCAUGGAGAUGGUACCCUCUUCCAGGGACCGGGAGAUGGUGAUGCUUUUACUGUAAAUGCACCAGGAGCUGGAGAAGUGGGUCACACCUGGACCGGGGAGAUGAGCUCUGUGCUUCCGGAACCCUCUGGGUGGAGAGUGGGUGGUGGGGAGGGAAGGCAGGAGGCGGAGCAGACCUGGGGGGCCGGGGAGGUGGACAGACUCCGGGUGCACUCUGCAGGUGGGGCGGCGAGCUUGGGUGUGCUUGCCGUGGGGCGCCUCCUGAUUGUCUGCCCCCACCUUCCGUGUAGACCCAGGGCCAAUCUGGAUCCCAGCCAUUCUUUCAUUCCGGAAAUAGAUUUUGAGCAGGAUUUCCUGCCACAUGGAGGGGUGCGUGGUCAUCCUGCCGAGGUCAAAGCUUUUGGAUGAAAAUAAACCAUGCCGUAAAAAAAACCCGAGUUCCCCCUGAGAUCUAGAUACCAGACAUGUAGUCAGACAGCCCAGCUGCCUAGUAGACUGGUUUCUCCAUUUGCCGAGUGUGUCACAGAAGGUAAGCCCGUCCCCCGGCUCAAGGGGGUGGGGCCCAAGCCGGCUGCAGGGCAGAGCCCCCCACCCCCUGCUCCCCACGGGGCCGCGCCCUCUCCGUGGAGGGUGCACUUGGGAGGGAGGGUCUCCCCCUCCCGCGCGCAGCAGAUACUCGGGGACAUGUGUCUGCGGUCUUACUUCCCCGGCCAGCUGUGCUUCCAGGCGAAAAACACAAAACCCAGAAACCUUUCCAGAACUUGUAGGCGGGUUUCAGCAACGGCAGAGGGCGGCUCACAGACAACAGCUGUCUCUCGCCCGCAGGUCAGCCGCGUGGAGCGGGAGAAGAACCAGGAGCUGCGGCAGGUGCGGGAGCACGAGCAGCACAAGAACGCCGUCCUGCUCACGGAGCUCAAGAGCAAGCUGCACGAGGAGAAGAUGAAGGAGCUGCAGGCCGUGCGGGAGACGCUGCUGCGGCAGCACGAGGCCGAGCUGCUGCGCGUCAUCAAGAUGAAGGACCACGAGAACCAGCGGCUGCAGGCGCUGCUGCACGCGCUGCGCGACGGCGCCCCCGACCGGCUGCGCACGGUGCUGCUGACCGAGGCCAAGGAGGAGGCCAAGAAGGGCUUCGAGGUGGAGAAGGUGAAGAUGCAGCAGGAGAUCUCCGAGCUGAAGGGGGCCAAGAGGCAGGUGGAGGAGGCGCUGACCAUGGUCAUCCAGGCGGACAAGAUCAAGGCGGCGGAGAUCCGGAGCGUGUACCACCUGCACCGGGAGGAGCUCUCCCGCAUCAAGAAGGAGUGCGAGCGCGAGAUCCGCCGGCUGAUGGAGGAGAUAAAAUUUAAAGACAGAGCAGUCUUCGUGCUGGAGAGAGAGUUAGGGCUCCAAGCCGGGCAUGCUCAGAGACUGCAGCUCCAAAAAGAGGCUCUAGAUGAGCAGCUGUCCCAGGGCAGAGAGACGGGUCGGCACCCGGGCAGCCCCAGACGGGAGCUUCCUCAGGCCAGCGGUGCAGGAGACGCCUCCGACCACUCGGGAAGCCCUGAACAGCAGUUGGAUGAAAAGGAUGCUCGGCGCUUCCAGCUUAAGAUCGCAGAGCUUAGCGCCAUCAUUCGGAAGCUGGAGGACCGCAAUGCCUUGCUGUCAGAGGAGAGAAAUGAGCUGUUAAAGCGUGUAAGAGAAGCUGAAAGUCAGUACAAGCCAUUGCUGGAUAAAAACAAACGCCUCAGUCGCAAAAAUGAAGAUCUGUCCCACACGCUACGUCGAAUGGAAAACAAGUUAAAGUUUGUCACGCAGGAGAACAUGGAGAUGAGACAAAGAGCUGGAAUCAUAAGGAGACCCAGUUCCUUAAACGACCUGGAUCAAAGUCAGGAUGAAAGAGAAGUUGACUUCUUGAAACUCCAGAUCGUGGAGCAGCAGAACCUCAUAGAUGAACUCUCUAAGACCCUGGAGACGGCCGGCUACGUGAAGAGCGUGUUAGAGCGUGAUAAGCUUUUAAGAUUGCGGAAACAAAGAAAGAAAAUGGCGAAACUCCCCAAGCCGGUGCUCGUGGAGACCGCCUUUGGCUACGAUGAAGAGGCCUCCCUGGAGUCUGACGGCUCGUCCAUCUCUUACCAAACGGACAGGACGGACCAGACCCCGUGCACCCCCGACGACGACCUGGAGGAGGGCAUGGCCAAGGAGGAGACGGAGCUGAGGUUCCGGCAGCUGACCAUGGAGUACCAGGCGCUGCAGCGGGCCUACGCCUUGCUGCAGGAGCAGGUCGGAGGGACGCUGGACGCAGAGCGAGAAGUUAAGACCCGUGAGCAGCUACAGGCAGACGUGCAGAGGGCGCAGACGCGGAUAGAGGACCUGGAGAAGACGCUGGCAGAGCAGGGGCAGGAUAUGAAGUGGAUUGAAGAGAAGCAGGCGUUGUACCGGAGAAACCAAGAGCUCAUCGAGAAGAUUAAACAAAUGGAGACAGAAGAGGCUCGGUUAAAACACGAGGUCCAGGAUGCGAAAGACCAAAACGAGCUGCUGGAGUUCCGGAUCUUGGAGCUGGAGGAGAGGGAGAGGAAGUCGCCUGCCAUCAACUUCCACCACACCCCCUUCGUGGAGGGGCUGUCCCACAACUUGGGACCCAGCAGUGGGGGCAGCCCAGCCCCCACCCUGGUGCUGAUGCAGGUGGCACAUCCUCUGAGGCUGCCCCCUGGCUCCAAAGCCAGAGUCAUUCUGCCUAGAAGGACUGCCCAGUCAGCCCCACUUUUCACCCAUCGUUCAGCCCCACCACCCCCGAAGGCACUUCCCCUGACUAUACGUGUACUCUGCUUUUGGGUGCAGAAUCUGACCAAUGAGGAGCAAGUGGUCGUCAUACAAGCCAGGACAGUCCUGACCUUGGCGGAAAAGUGGCUCCAGCAGAUCGAAGAGACGGAGUCGGCCCUGCAGCGGAAGAUGGUUGACCUGGAGAGCGAGAAGGAGCUGUUCAGUAAACAGAAGGGCUACCUGGACGAGGAGCUGGACUACAGAAAACAGUCCUUGGACCACGCUCACAAGCACAUCCUGGAGCUGGAAGCCAUGCUGUACGACGCCCUGCAGCAGGAGGCCGGGGCCAAGGUGGCAGAGCUGCUGUCGGAGGAGGAGCGCGAGAAGCUCAGGGUGGCCGUGGAGCAGUGGAAGCGCCAGGUCAUGAGUGAGCUGCGUGAGCGCGAUGCCCAGAUCCUGCGGGAGCGCAUGGAGCUGCUGCAGCUGGCGCAGCAGAGAAUUAAAGAAUUAGAAGAAAGAAUAGAAGCUCAGAAGAGACAGAUAAAGGAACUGGAGGAAAAGUUUCUAUUUUUGUUCUUAUUUUUCUCCUUAGCUUUCAUUCUCUGGUCAUAGCUCGCCUGGGUGCCCUGACGUGCCCCCAGAGGAGCCGGACCCCUUUCCUCCAGCUGGACCGGAGAGCAGCGGGCGCCUGGGAGGCAGAACGAGACACUGUGUCUCAUCCCUG